AUGGCGGCGCUGUUGAUGCUGCUGGGAUUGCUUCAUCUCCCUCUCUUGUCAGCGCAACAAGUUUCGCAAGCUCCAUCACAAUCUGCUUCUGCGAGCAUUCCACUGGCACCCUCCUCGACCAGAUCAGCGAUUCCCGGUCGAGCGACUUCCAUCUACAACGCCACUGCCAACGCCGUGGCCUUGAACGACUCGAUCAUCGCUCGAUCGCGCGUCAAUCUUAAUGCCACGCAAGGCGCCUUUUUCAACUUUACCAUUCCCCCAAGUGCGUUCACCGAAGACGCAAAGACAGUCAAAGUUUGGACCUCGGUAUCAUUGUGUAGCGGGCCAGCCAUUCCACCUUACAACACUUCCAACACCACCGUACUCGAACAACUGGACAUGUCGGCGACAGAUGCGCGCCGGUCGACGCUCGCCUCGCUUUACAUCUCCGAUAACGACCUGUUCCAGCAACCGGGCCCUGCCAAUGCGAGUGUCCUCAACUCGAAACACAUUGGAUACGCUCUGGGCGGAUCGACAUCCGUCGAGGUCGACGUUCAGCAGCAGAGCGACAACAGCUCCCGAACACUCUGGAUUGGCGUAUGGCCACCCGCAGAUAGCCGCAAUGUCACUCCGGGGACAUAUCAGUUUCAAAUUGUUGCGAGCACGCGCGCAAAGAUGGAGUCGGUCGACUAUACCCGCCGGCCCCGAUUAGACGAUACGGACCAGUCCAGGGCGCUGGUCUCUUCUUUCAACUAUACUACGUCGUCGCCGCCCAAUCUAAACGUCAUCGUUCUCCCGACCUUUGGGAGGAAUGCGCUAUCGGAUGCCGACUACUUUAAUUCGUCCUUUUGCGCUAUCGCAGAUGCCUGGGCGGACGUGCUCGAGAGCAACCAGCAAGUCUCGAUCAACAGUAGCAACACACGCCGAGGUACUGAAGCGAACAUUGUCGACGAUACCCGCCGACAAUUCGAAAUCUCUGGUUUGGAUGCCGGUACUAAUUAUACCGUCUGGCUGUUCGAGACAAACGCGACAGCUCAAGAUGUAGCUCAGAGCGUCUCGACCACGCUUUUCCCCGCCAUCAAGAUGCUUACCAAGCGGAACGACAAUUGUCGAUUGGUCUUUGACGUACCCUUCUGUCCGAAUGUGGCCUACUCGAUCCCCGUUAACCCAUCGAUAUCCACGUCUGCAGCACUCUCCGUCAUCGAACAGUUCGUGGACCCGCAGUACUCGAACUUCAGCACAACCAUCGACACGUUCCCAUGCGGCUCUCGUGAUUUUGGCAUGUAUUCAUAUGUACAGACGUGCGACAAUUGCAAAAAGUCGUAUCAGGACUGGCUUUGCGCUGUCGCUAUGCCUCGAUGCACCGACCCGCUGGCAGAUCCAGAGACGCAAUCCCGCGCCACACAAGAUGGAACAGAACUCACCGGCGCACCAACAGGGCUCAACACAGAGCUGCUCCCUUACAUUGUCAAUCGCAAUGGAGACGGCAACAGUGCGCUCAAGUCGCGCCAGUCAUUCAUCGAUCAAGAGCUGCGGCCCGGAUUCUACGGCGAGCUGCUACCUUGCAUUUACACGUGCUACUUUGUCGAGCGAACCUGUCCGCCACUGAUCCAAUGGGCAUGUCCUAUAUGGGACAUCACAGCGCAGCGCGACUACGGCACAUUUGCGGAUAGCGGCGACGAGGGCAUCGGAGCUGCCGAGAACGGUGGUGCGGGUAUUGACGGAAUGCGUUGGGGCGGCUACCAGCGCUAUAUUGCCACAGAUGCGUUUGGCAAUGCUUACUGCAACUCGAUGGGCGUUGACUUUCUGUUGCGCGAGUCGAAUGCUUCUCCGCGUCGCUUCUCAGCAGGUGGCGCGGUCGCCUUCUGGGCUUCUGCCGCCGCGAUGCUCGUAUCGCUUCUGCUGACGUUUGCGCUUUGA